AUGGCGAGCAAGCUCCCCAUGCUCCUCCGGAGCUUCGGCCGGCCGACCUUACCACGAACGGCGGCCCUCCGUGUGUCGCGCGCGGCGUACUCGACCGAACCGCCCGCUCCGCCGCCGCCUCUUCUUGCCAAGCUCAAGGAUGACCUGAAGGCGGCCAUGAGGGCCAAGGACGCGAACCGCCUCGCUGUCCUUCGCGCCGUGCUCGCGGAGACCCUCAACGCUAGCAAAACCGACAAGCCUAUCAAGACGGACGUGCAACUCGUUGGCCUGCUCCAGAAGUCGGCACGCAAGUCACAAGAAGCCGCCGCCGAGGCGCGGCAGGCGGGUCGGGAGGAUUUGGCUGAGAAAGAGGAGGCUCAACAGCGGAUCCUUGAGGAGUAUGCUGCGGGCAGCGGCGUCAAAGAAAUGGGAGAAGCCGAGCUGAGGCAGGUUAUCGAGUCCGCCAAGGCCGCUCUGGUUGCCCAAGGCGUCAAGGGCGCGGCGUUGCACGGAGAAAUAAUAAAGAACAUCUUCAAGCCGGGCGGGUUGCUGGAUGGGGCCUCGUUUGACAAGAAGCGCGCCGUUACGCUCAUCAAGGAAGCUUGCCAAGCCAGUUAG